GAAAGAAGAAAAAGAGCUGGCAAGGAUGAAGGAAUCUAAGGCUAGAAAAGAAGAUGUGGCAUUGAAAGAGAUGACUAUCCCAACAGUUAGAGAAGCACAAGAACAGGCUAUAGCAAGAGCGUUAGAAAAAAGAGAUCAGCUCUAUGAAAUCAGUUGUGCAUUGGCUGUUUUAGCCUCAGCAUCUUCUGUGAGCAGAGAGCGAGAAGAGUUCCUUGGUCUUGUAAAUAAGGAGGUAUUUCCGACAUGCAUCUGGUUCACUUCUUAUACUCUCCAAAAAUCUUGCUCAAUAUAUCAACACAAACAGAUGUUCAUCGACUGUGGCCCAGGACGAUAAGGAAGUGGAUGAGACUGGAGUUGAGCCAGAAGACAUUGAGUUGGUGAUGACACAAGCAAGAGUGUCGAGAUCAAAGGCUGUGAAGGCACUCAAGGCUGCAGAUAGGGACAUUGUAUCUGCUAUAAUGGAGCUAACAACUUAAAUGAAUAUGGUGUGUGUUAGCGAAAUUUGAUGGAUUUUGCACUAGUAAAUGUGUUCUAUGAGAAUUGCGUGUUAUGUCAUAGUCACAAGUUUAUGUUGUUUUGGUAACUUUUUUGUUUUUGCUAUUUUAAUCAUUUUCAUUAGUUGAAUUGCAAUUUUUAGUCACUCUAUUUGUUAAGAUAUCUAUGGGCAACCAA